AUGUCUGACAAAGGCGAUGAUGGCCAAGUUUUCGUUGUUGAUAAUCGUACACGAGAUGAUAUGGUUCGCAAUGUUCUUCUAAUUAUUCUCAUUUUUGUGUGUCCACCAGCAGCUAUUGCUGUUGCAUCCAAUGAGUGCAAUCUACAUGUGUGUGUCUCAUUCUUCCUUAUGUGUUUCUUCCUCAUUCCUGCUUACAUUCAUGGAAUCUGGUACUGUUACUUCAGAAAAACUCCCGAGUUGGUCAUCGCUUAA